AUGAGUGAACACCAGCAAAAGAAACUCCCAAUGUAAUAAUUUUUCGCGUGAGAUUACAUUUCAACCAGGUGUCAGUUGCAAUGGGAAUGCGUCGACGCUAACACCGGACCAAAGUCUGCGUAUCAUACAGGUAAGUAAGCCAAUAAAUGAGUUCAAUCGUCGAACAACGCGUAGGAUAGUAAGUGGUAAAUUCGAUUCCUUCUGGCACAAGCCUCGCCGAGCCCUCUCAGAUAAGGCGGAACUGUGACGUGGCAUACAAAUACCACCUCCCUCUAGCCUCUCCUUUAUAAAAAUAUGCGCGGGGAAGGUUCGUUCAUUGCCAUUUUUGGUACCCCUGAACAAUACCGAUCUCCGCGUGCACAGCGCAUUCCCGCGAGACGUUACUGUAUCACCCUUAAAUAUGGCACACCGAAACCCCCAAACGAGUCAUAAGGUGUACGCCUUAAGACCCAUCUUUUUGAUGCAAUAUAUUAUAGUUUUAGGGCGUCCUGCACAGUCCCCACUAUUUUGCACAGUGCAAUAGAGACUAGAUGGGUUGAAUGCAAAGAAGGUCUUAAGACAUAGUUCUAGGAGCUCGAUGAUGUGAACUCGUUUGAACUGCUGAUCGGUCUCAUCAUACUUUUCUCGGAGAAAACCGUCAAUAGUGUCGAUAGCCAGCGAGGGUGGGAUUGAGGUGAACAAUGAGAUCACGUCAAAAGACACCAUUACCUCAUCUGCCUCCACUUCGAGACGUUCGAUGCGCGACAAAAACUCUUCAGCCGAUUUCACUGUCCACUCUGAAUCCUUGGUAUGAAAACUAAGUCGCUGGUACAGCUACUUUGACAGUCCAAAGGUUGGAGUACCACGUAAGGAGACGAUGGGGCGUAGCGGCACUCUCGGCUUGUGGACCUUUGGUAGGCCGUAGAAGCGCGCCAUUGCGGCAUCACCGGCUUUUGCGGCCAGCGUUUCCCUUCUAGUAAGAGCGCCCGCCUUCCUCAGCUUGUCGAUCGUCUUGUUCAUGCUGUUUACGAGCUUUUUCAACCCGCUGACAGCCGAUUGCGCAUAAGCUUCCUUGCCCAUCAAGAGGUUGCCUAGUUUUUUGAAGUACUCUGCCUUAUCCAUGACGACAGUCAAGCGCUCGACUGUUCGUGACCUUUGCCACCCAUACGGAGCUUGUUUGCUUCGUGAAGCCAAUAGAUCGGUGUGCGUCCAUUCCUGAUUGAAAAAUACCCGAUCUGCAGCGACAGAGAAUGACAGGUGGCGAGGCACUGAUGAACUUCGGUUCGAUGAAGUGCUUAUGACCCAUCUGGUAGACCCCAUUGGUGGAUCAACUGCGUCAGAUGCGCCUGUGCGCAUGUUUAUGUUUUUGGUCCCAACUGCUGGUGGUCAGGGUUAUGAUUGGCUGAAUGAAGGCACAGUAAGCCUGAAACAGUACUGUAUCAAUCUACCCACAUUCUCUUCCGUCCCUCCUCGCUGUUAUUAUGAAUUGGCCGACUUCGGCCUGGUAAUUGGUUGCCUGUUCGUGAUCUUUGUCACCCAUACGGAGCUUGUUUGCUUUGUGAAGCCAAUAGAUCGGUGUGCGCCCAUUCCUGAUUGAUGAAUACCCGAUCUGCAGCGACAGAGAAUGACAGGUGGCGAGGCACUGAUGAACUUCGGUUCGAUGAAGUGCUUAUGACCCAUCUGGUAGGCCUCAGUGGUGGACCGACUGCGCCAGGUGCGUCUGUGCGCAUGUUUGUGUUUCUGGUCUCAGCUGCUGGUGGUCAGGGUUAUGAUUGGCUGAAUGAAGGCAGAAUAAGCCCGAAACAGUGCUGUAUCAAUCUACCCGCAUUCUCUGUCGUCCCUCCUCGCUGAUAUAUAUAUAUAUAUUCUCUUGUCUGACGACGACACGGGGAACCGACGUCGAAAAAUUUUUCCAUAAAGUUUUAUCUCUUUCCCAAACAACGCAUUUGGUUUCAAAUAUAUAUAUGUAUAUAUAGACAUAUAUGUAGAAUGUUAUUACCGACAAAGACAAGGGAGACUGGAAUGGCCACUUCUGGCUUAUCAGCCGUCGUCAGCCAUUCAUACCCAGCCCCGAAGUGUGGAACACACAAGGCUCGAACUCGCGACCUGUUAGUUAGAAGUCCACGCCUCUACUCACCGGGCCACGAGCCCGUUGCCCUGUCGGUUUUCGAUCGGGAAUAAACAAUGUUAGGGGGCGCUCACCGAUCGUUUCUACGGAACUCACUCGUCCCGUUGUGCCUUAGGACUCCCUCUCGAGUCCAACCAGCAGCUGCACAGCUGCGCAUGAUAUAAGCAGAAUGGCAUUACCGACAAAGACAAGGGAGACUGGAAUGGUAAUUUCUGGCUUAUUAGCCGUCGUCAGUCAGUCAUACCCAACUGCGGGGAGUACAGUGCAGGCCUGGCAGGCGGUCGCCUAUUUGUGACCUUUUCCAUCCAUACGCAGCUAAUUUGCCUCAAGAAACCGGUAGAUCGGUGUGUGUCUCUUCCCUCUUCAACAAAUACUCGACCUGCAGCGACCCAGCAUGGCAGGUAGCAAGACACUGAUGAACUGCGGUUUGUUGAAGUGUUUGUGACCUGACCGCUAGAUCCCGUCUACAGACCGUCUGCUCUGUGUCCGAGCGCAUGUUUGUGCUUCUGGUCUCAACUGUUGGUCAGGGUAAUGGUUAGCCCAAUGAAGGCAGCAUAAGCCCGAAACAGCAAUGCAUCAGUCCAACAGCAUUUCCUGACGUCCCUGUCCUCUACAGUGCGUGACCGAUCUCAUGAAAUGUCGGACAAAAUUCUGCAAUGCAUUUCCGAUUAGGAAGGAUUACUAAAGUGGGGUUGUUAUACUGAUUAUCAUGCAGCAUUACCCUAUAAGAUUUCGGACUCUCCAGGAUGCCGCUUUUGAAUGUACUUCUUUUUUGCCUCCUGUAGAAACCACACUCGGUAAAAAAUGACCACUUAAGUAGCAUGCAUUUUUCUUGUAGAUUUUCGAUGUUCUUGCAAAUUCAAAUAUAUUUUACAGAAAACACGCACAAAAAUACGCUUUUUUUGCUCAUUUGAAAGGAAAUCACAUUGUCUUCAUAUUUUAUGCCUGAAGAAAGUGUGUAUUUAGGUUUAAAAAAGUUUCACAAUUCCCUAAUAAUUUUCAGCCUGGUCUGCCAUUGCAUCAGCGUUUAGCAAUUUCAGUCUAUAAGGUGCAUUCUUUCCGCGUAAGGAAAAUCAUAUAUUUCCCUAUAUCUUUACAAACCCACCACGUAGAGUUCAUGAAAUUUUGCAAUGGAUCCGGAUUGUGUUGUAGAUUUCAUGGGGAGCAGGCAUUUUUCCUAUUGAUUUCCGGUGGUCUUAUCAUUUCAAAUAUGUUUUAUAGAAAACAUGCACAAAAUAUGCUUUCUUCUGCUCAUUUGGAAGGAAAUCACAGUGUAUUCAUAGUUUAUGCCUGAAGAGAGUGUGCAUCUAGGUUUUUAAAAAGUUUCCCAAUUCCCGAAUAAAUUUUGGCCUAAUCUGCCAUUGCAUCAGCGUUUAGCAGUUUCAGUCUACAAGGUGCACGCUUUCCGCGUAGGGAAAAUCAUAUAUUCCUCUAUGUAUUUUAGAAGGUAUCACAUAGAGUUCAUGAAAUUUUGCAAGGGAUCCGAAUUGUGUUGUACAUUUCAUGGGGAGCAUUAGUAAACGAACAUGUGCGCUCUUGCAUGCAUGGACAUCGCACGGUCUUCAAAAUCUCAUAAUUAGAAACUUUUUUAAAACCUAAAUAUAAACUUUCUUCGUGCGUAAAAUAUGAAGAUAAUGUGAUUUCCUACUAAAUGAGCAAAAGAAAGCAUAUUUUUGCAUGUUUUCUAUAAAAUGUAUUUGAAUUUAUAAGACCAUCGAAAGUAAUUGUAAAAAUGCAUGCUCCUUAAGUAGUCAUUUUUUGCCGACUGUGUUUUCUGCAGUAGGUCAAAAAGACAUGCAUUUAAAAGCCGGCAUCUUGGCGAAUCCGAAUUUUUAUAGGGUUAUGCUGCAUGAUAAUCAGUAUAACAACCCCACUUAAGUAAAACUUCCUAAUCGGAAACUCAUUUCAGAAUUUUGGCCGAUAUUUCAUGAGAUCGAUCACGCACUGCACGCUGAGUCGUCGACUUCGCUCUCUAUUCCCAUUCUCGGGUCCCAGCUACUGUCCGAGCCGGCCAGAUGUCUUGUGCGAGGAAUGAGCGCAGUGGCUGACAGGACUAGAGAGCUCGUCUACGCGCGCCACAUGCACGACCUGGCUCCCCCAAACGCGCACACUAGGUUUUCACACAUAAAGGAGAUAUAAUGCUCUGAUCUCACAUGCAUCAGAGAAACCACACGGAGAAGGGAGCCGGAAAGCACACUUACGUGAGAGGUGCUGGUGAUGUGGGAUUGCGGAGUGUGCGUGUGUGUGGGGCAUGUGUUGGUGGAGGAACGUGUGGUGAUGUGGUCUCGCAUGCGGCAAUUUACCACAGUUUUUCGUGCAAGCGCACGUGAUCUUAUAGGCUCACACAGUGAGUGAAUAUGCGUAGGCAUUAUGGGCAUUUGAGGCAAGUGCGGUGGCUGUCUGUCGGUGCUCCCUGCACUGGCUCGCCAGUCUCCGUGCGAGGGAUUUACAAGUGACCGACCAGAUCAGUGCGUGACUUACAUCUGCGGUGACGAUAAGGACAUGAUGGGUUCAGGGCUGUAGAAUCGGUUGGGGCGGGGUGAGGCUGUCAUCCGUGGUCAUGCUGGUGGAUGGGGAGUUGCUAGUACCGGCUAUGGGAGCAUUUUCGGAUACAUAAGGCGUGUUUGGGGCGUUGAUACUGCUGUUAUCUUCGUUUUCGUGGGUGCGCAUGUGACCGAACAAGCCAAUGUAAGGAGUGAGUAUGCGUCCACAAUGCGAUCAGUGGAGGCGGUUGUAUAUCGGGGCUCUGGGCACUGGUGCACCAGUCACAAAGCGAUAGGUUCACGAGUAACCGACUACGGCGAUGCGUGAGGUGAAUUUGCGAUCGAAAUGAGGACAAGUUGGGACCGAGUCCACACCGAUGGAGGCGGGGGUUGUGGUAGUGUUGAAGGUGUUGGUGAUUGACGGGGCUGCAGGAACUUUUCGGUCGAUGGCUGGAAUGGCAGAGGUGGUUGUGUUCGUCAUCGCCGCGAUGAUUGAGGUAGAGAUGGUGGAGUUAGCGGCGAUCGACGGCGGUGCGGCACGGUGAUGCGAAGCAACGGUGGCGAGGCUGGUCGCCGUCCUGGGCGGUGUGGAGGUUGGAACAGGGGCAGUCGUGGAGGCAGCAGUUGGGGUUGUCGGGCGGUUGGUUGAUUCGAAUAUGACCAACGAGACCGAUCCGCGCGCUGAAUGUUCGUUAAGUGACGAUGUUGUGGGCCAGGGGCGCCCGAGACUUGUGAACUUCCCUCGACGGCGAUCCGAUUUGCCUCGUAGAUUGCGAGUCUUCACUGCUUUUCUCCGGGCCGGUCCGUUUUGGGCGAGGACUUCCCAGGUCUCCAGAUCACAGUAGAUAGUGACAAGGGACAUGGUUACUGGUUUGAACAGUCCUAUAUGAUUGCAAGGUGCACGACGAGGUACAACUUAUUAUAGUAAAGUAUUCGCCGAGAUGUGGCGUCUGCAAUCUAGCUGUAGAUCGCAGAAUCGAUUAAAGCUCUCCGCACAAAUUGUUUUUACAGCGGCAAGUCUACCAUAAACGAGGUUACCGAACUUUGGUUGAUACAGGUCAAACCGCAAAAGUUCCAUCUGCCGAAAUAGACCUCACUACUGUGUUUCCCUCAACAAACUAGGCUGAACUGGACUCCGAAACUGAUUUGACCUCCCCUGAUUUUUCCGUCUAAAUACGAACUUCGGACUUUUGAAACCUGUUUUACCAAAAUUUGCUAAGAUCCCACCAGAACUCUCUCAGAUGAAUUCGAAGUAGGCACCCUUUAGUGUUAGGAAACGUCUAAUCUCUAUCUAACUUACAUAAGUCCACACUAGAUACUGUGAUCAGCAAAUACUCUCAUAUAAAAAUUCCAAACGCCCAUUUCUUGAAGCCAGAGUUUUUAAUUAGAUGGGAACCUUUGGAGGACUGCUAUCCCGCACUUUUCUUCACAGGUACCAUAAUUGGAAACUAUCUUUAUGUGCAUGGUGGCCUACCGGAAUCAAGUGAGAAGACCAAGAAAUCAUUGAAUGGACUUUAUCGCAUCCAGUUACACCCCUUCGUGGGAACAUGGACGGACCUGACAACCGACGAUUCGCCUGCACUGAGCCAACAUCAGUGUAUCAACUGGAAGAACCAGUUGAUAGUUUUCAUAGGUAACUGUUUCUUGUGGCGGAUAACGACGAGAAAGAGCGAAAUUUUAUGAAGGAGUGAUUUUUAAGUAGCCGAAGAAAAGAUUAAAACGAGCACAUUCAGGAGUGAUUUGGGGUUGUGGUCUCGGUUGGGAAGUAAAGGAAAUAGCUCCAACCUCAUUGGUAUGACCGCAGAAGGUUAAAAACGUCUCCUAUAAUUUAAAGAAGGGUCUGAGCUGAACACGUAUGACCAUUGUUGGUUGAAAAAUGUCGGAAGGGUUUAAUAACCAGAUAAAACUACUAACACGUCCCACUCCUUAAGAUAGGAAGGUCAUGCAAUUAACAACGUUUAGUUAAAAAAAGAGGACGGCAGUUCUUCUUCCAGUUGGGCUAAGCAGUAUCACCCGUUCCUCCUGUCUGAAUCGGCAUGUCCAGAAGGCCUGAUAUUUUCAUUUUGAUAUAGAAAAUGUAAUUUCUACUAACUUUCUGUUCUCCAUAUUAUGAAUUAAAAUGUUAAGUUGUUGAUUAUUUGUCGUUCACUACUAUAGGUUUCCGUCUAACUUUAGGUGACCCAAAAGUAAAACCAUCUUUUUCUGGUUAUUUCGUAAAAAAUUAAGUGUUCCAUGAAAUUUCCAUUCCAAUGGUCCAGCUAAUAAUCCGUCCUCAUUAGACUCACCCAUUUCAAUGGGGUACGGUUAUAAGUAGUACAGUUAGCCUUGCGUUAAAUUCUAGGAGGUUAGGCUUAGAAGGGUUGGCGUUAGGAUAGGGGAUCAAGUUAAAAUACGAGAAUAGAUGUCCCCCUGGAAUUUGGCGCAAGGUCACGUAUAGUAGGGCGGGAGGGGGAAGGGGGCGCACAUUUUCUCGCAUGCAACCGUUAUCUCAUAAAGUUUGACUGGCUUAUACUUCCUUCAAAUAUGGCGUCUGCACUUUCAGAACUGGCCAAAGACAGUUCGCAAUUGAAGGAAGGAUUCUGAAGUGUAAUUAAUGUAAUGCAAUCAGUAAUUACUCCCACUCUAUGUGCAAUCUUGACUUUGUUUUGAAUUGUUGUCGAAAAAUCCGGAAGAUCAGUCAGUAAAAGCUGAUACAUCCUUUGCAAUGGAGCAUCAAGCCAGAUGACAACUAAGCGCCCCAGCUCGGUUUCUAAAGGAGGCUGAAGAAUUACAUAGCAGUAGCAUUUCUCAAAAUAAUGUGGUCUAACUUAGUGGAAACUUGGAGGUACUUCAUGACUACCUGAAGUCAACAUUAUAGCAGCAACAUCCUUCAAUAAUAUGGAAGGGACUCAAAUGCAGGCGUGAUCUUUCCUGUCAUUACUACGUACGGAAGAUUUGACACCAACUUAUAAAAAAGCGGCAUAAGUAAACAAGUUUCUCAAAGAAAGCACCUGUUAUAUCAGGGGGGGGGCUCAUGAAGUUUUGAUCGAAAUUCUGAAAUGUGCUUUCGAUUGGAAAAGAUUACUUAAGUAGGGUUGCGGUAUUGAUUAUCGUACAGUAUCAUCCUAAGGAUGCUUGGAUGCCAGCUUUUGAAUGAGCUUCUUCUCGGCCGGCUGCUAAAACUACACUUUGUAGCAAUGACUACUUAAGUAGUAUGGACUGUUCCAAUUGGUUUUCACUGUUAUUAUAAAUUCCACUAUAUUUCAUAGAAAAUAUGCACAAGUAUAUUCUUUCGAAUAUUCCUCGAAUUUUAUACUCAAACAAAGGAUAUCUUUAGACUUUUAAAGACCUCCAGUUUCUGAGUAUUUUUUUGCCCCGCCUGCCGUCAUACCUUCAUUUAAGAUUUACGAACUACCACUACACACUGUAGAACUACAGUACCUGUGCUAACUCAUGAAAUGUCACGAAUUAACACAGGUCAACGACUUUAACGCAAAAUCGGUAAACACUACGGCUCCCAAAGUCUGACAGCGGAAAAUAAACGAUGUGUCAAAGAAAUAAAGUAAAGUUUGGUUAAGAAAAUAUUAUUUACUGAGAUAAAAAUAAAUAAUUUUCGACAAAAGUCACAUUUUCGAGAAACGCCUAUAUUACAACCAAGUUAGUGAUGGCUACGUAUGAGGACGUAUAAAGGAGGAGGGCGCAUAAAAGGUCAAAAAUAAUUAAGGACAGAAACAGAUACAAAAAAUUAGUACUUUGUAGAUUGUCCAUUCGAAUUAAGAACAGCAGAAAGUCUGUCCGACAUAGACAUGACAAGGUUAUCUAUGGUGGAUUGUAAAAUGUAAUUAUUGAUUAUUAAAUCCAAUUUUUCCUGCAUUGAAAGGGUCUUCUUAGCUUUGUGCCAAUUUCUUUUGACUAUUCCAAAAAGAUUUUCGAUAGGAUUCAAAUCGGGACUGUUGGCCGGCAUGAAAAUUGAUUGGAGGCCAAUUGCGGAGAGCGUGGUUGUUGUCUAAAAUGUUAGAUUAUAUUUGCAAACGGCAUCAAAUUCGUACCUCUUUAGAGCGGUGGACAGGUGCAUUGUCCUGCAAAAUUACAGUAUCCAUUCGGCGCCGACUUAUGCCGUUGUAGCCGAAAGCAUCCUUGGCAAUUGCAAUGAACACCUUGCUGUUGAUGGUGUCGGAUGUUGACCGCCAGACAGGCCGCUCACCGAAUUUAAUCGCCAUCCAAACCAUCAUCCGCCGACAGUUCUUGAAUGUUGCCGUCGGUGUAGUGUGUUCUCUUGGGAAGUUCUUUCCACAUAUGACGGUUUAGAACGAUUUCGUAGGCUUGUCUAAAAAUGGAACCUCAUGCUCUUUACAUUCCGUCAAAGGAACAUCACUCAUUCAUCUAUGCUUUCAGGGAGGCGUCCUAUAGCAUUUAAAGGAUUGUGCAAUGGAUAUGGACCAGGUUGUGUACUUUAGGAGUGAUAUUAAUAAACGUGCUGUGUGAACAGACAUUUCAGGGUCUUAAGAAAUCUCAUUAUCGGGAACCUUUUUUAAAACCAGAAGAGGGUCCAGGCUGUAGAUUUUUUCGUGAAACAAGAUGAUAUUACUUGCCCAAGAUGAGCUUUGAUUUCACGUAUACAUGCCAGGCGGAUGGACUGGGCGAACACGUAUUCCUGGCCUACACUUCUUCAGUCAUGAAAGCGGACGUUGGUUGCCACCAGCCGUGAAGGAACCGGAGUUGAGGGGAUAUCCCCAAGGUGCCGGUUUAUCAGCUCACACCGUGAUCCCCUUCGAGACGGAUCCCAAAUCAAACUCCCUUUCCGCCCUCAUUUUCGGUCGCGAGGGUUCCACCCGAAUCCAGCGACGUCGGGGAAACGCUUAUCUCCUGCAAGGUAAUGUUACAACCAAAGAUACUCCCUUACUAACAACGAAUGCCUUAAAUCAUCAAAGCGAAUAGACGGAUUCCAGAUGCCCUAGUGGUUAAAGUGAACUCUUGACAAUGCACCAUAUACUCAUCCGACACUAGGACGCUGUUAGGAUUCCAUAACUACCCCAGGAAAUCACGAGUUAGCGCUCAGAUAAGAUAAAAUCACAUGCGAUACGAGAAGGGACCAUUAGAUCCUCCCACUGCUCGACUGGAGAGUACUGUGCCUACGCUUGUAAGUAUGGGAAGAGGAAGCAGCGUAAGUAACAUAUAUUCUUUUAACAUAAAAUUUAAGGCACCGUUGAGGAAGACGCGACAAGGAUAACAUUUGAAUCCAGGCGCUCGGAGUGGGCUAGACGACGGUCUUUCGCUUAGGACACGGGACCCGCACUUGCUGCUGGAGCACGUAAUUUUCUGACCCAAUAAACAGUAAUUUUAGCAGCAGCAGCAGCAGCAGCAGCAGCAGCAGCAGCAGCAGCAGCAGCAGCAGCAGCAGCAGCAGCAGCAGCAGCAGCAGCAGCAGCAGCAGCAGCAGCAGCAGCAGCAGCAGCAGCAGCAGCAGCAGCAGCAGCAGCAGCAGCAGCAGCAGCAGCAGCAGUGGAAGUGCUGGUAAUAUCUAUAGUGUUAGUAAUGACUCGGCUCCUCAGAAUAUCAGAAGGCGAAGAUGCGAUCACUGGAACAAUAAAUUUAUUGGCCUGACGUUUCGGAUUCUCACUCGAGCCCAGCACCAGAGACAGUCGCAGAUAAGGGUAAUUGUGACACGAGUGCAGUAUUUACAACGCGUGGCUGCCGUGGGAUCAUAUGCGUACUGUAAUUAACAGCUAUCAUAAUCACCGCUGGGGUCGUAAUUGAUGCGAUGGUGGCUUGUCAGUCCGCGUCCGAGUCAUUAAUUGCCAUAAUUUCGUCAUCCGUGUUGGAUGCUGGUGUGAAGAUUGCUCGGCAAAUUGGCUCAAUGUCACUGGGAUAAUUGCGCGCCCGCACCCUACCCACGUGACUGAUUCCCCUGCCCAGGGAAAAUCUCAGCACGGGAUAUGGUAACGGGAGGUCAUUGCGCUUGUUGAUAGAUUGCGGGCCUGCAAGCCAUGACUCGAGCAGCCGCGGCUCACGUGGUUGUCACCCCUUGCGAGGAUUUCGGUCUCCUGACACUUGAAAAUAUGGCCGGGUCCCGUCGAAUGAACCGCCACCUGAGAGCUAGCGUCUCCCCGCCUCACUGCUGCUGCGUGCUCGGCAAUUCGCGUUCGGAGUAAUCUCCCUACUUCUCCGACGUAGUUGCUUUGUCCGCAACGGCACCAGAUCCGGAAAACGACUCCUGACGUUUCCUGCCGUGGCAGUGGGUCUUUCGGCCUCAUGACUUGGCACCUAAUGGUUGCUUCAGGCCUGUGUGCAACCUCAACUCCAGUUGGAGUGAGAAGACGACUGACGGCUUCCGAGACGUUCCUCACGUACGGAAGAGCCCGCCAAGAUUUGGAGCCGGUUGGAUUUGGUCUCUGGUGUCCUUUUCGUAUGCACUGGUUGACAAAGUUGCGCGGGUGACCAUUGGCUCUCAUUACCCGUGGAAGAUAUUGUAAUUCAGCAACCUUGUCUUCCAUUUCACUGCAGUGCGUCUCAACGCGCCGAUAUAGCUCCCUUACGCAACUGCGUUUGUGACUGAUUGGGUGGUUGCUGUUGAAGUUCAGUAUUUGCGUCGUAUUUGUCGCCUUACUGAACAAUUUAGUUUUUAGGCCACCACAAUCUUUGCGGCAAACGAGGACAUCCAGGAAGGCCAGCUGGUUGUUUUCGUCAUUCUCUAUCGUAAAUUGAAUGUCCGAGAAGAUGGCGUUGAGAUGUUCUUUGAAUAUCAGCACCUGAUCCCGUUCGACGACGACGAAGGUAUCAUCCACAUACGGAGCGCAGAAUUUUGGUCUGUGGUAUCGGAAAACCAACGACUCCAAACGUCGUAGGACCACCUCGGACAUGACUCCCGAAAUCGGGGAACCCAUUGGCGUGCCCUUCACCUGCUCGUAGAUUGUUCCAUCGAACGUAAAGUACGUCUUGAGGCAGAAUUUCAGGAGCUGCAUGAUUUGGGAGUGUCCGAGGCGAUUCUCCGUUUCGUCGCAUGGUCUCGAAUGUCAGGUUCUGCGGGAUAGAAGUAAAAAGGGACGUGACGUCAAAGGAAACCAAAGGACUGUCUCUGAUGAUGGAUUCGAGUGAGAAUCCGUAACGUCAUGUCAAUAAAUUUCUUGUUCCAGUGGUCGCAUCUUCGUCCUCUGAGCUGCUACCUGGAACUCGCCCGUUCACUUCUAUCGGCAAUCCUCCGAAUAUCUUAUGCUGAGAUAUUAUGGACUGCGAGCAGUCACAGCUGGGCGACCACUUUUCUAUCAGCGCAACAUAUUCUCAAGUUGUUGUCCCGUUUUACGUCAAUAGAUGACGUUUUUGUGGUUUUUUCCAGGCUCCUUCCGAUCUUCAAGUAUCUCCGGACUGGGCGACGUGGGUCCAGCGGGCUUUAAGCCACGAUUCAUCUACACAGAAGCACCAGGCGCCCUGCAUAUUGAGUCACGCAGCUACCACACCUCCACACCGACCAGCCACAGUAGAGUGGUUACUGUCGGCGGCAGGUCUAAUUCCACACUCGAAGUGGUCGAUCUUCGCGGCAUGUCCCACCUGCCGCCCCUCGAGUUCAAUCGUGCUACCUGCGACGAGGUCACCUAUCUCUUGGAUGUGGACGCUAGACAGCCCUUUGAAGCAGUGUCAUCAGAUCGCAUAAAAUUGUCGUAAGUCUCAUAUUUUACACCACCACCACCACCACCACCACCACCACCACCACCACCACCACCACCACCACCACCACCAAAAUGAAUGAUGACAACCAAUAAGCUAGAAACAGCCACUGAACUCUUAUUUUCCCGAGACACUUUUCGACGACAGAGAGAUCGUCCCGACGUGGUUCUCCAGAAUCAUGAUUCCAUGGAAAAGAGGAAAUGAGCAUUUCCCCACUCGUCAGCCAGAAUAGCUCAGUGAGCACCACUCCCCUGCGGCAGCGCUGGUGGUCUCAAUAUUCAUUACAAUGGAAUGUAAUUCAAAGGUAUUUCGGUCACGCCAGAAUACCGGCUUUUGCAUGCGCUUCCUUUCGGCCGCCUGCAGGAACCACGCUCGCCAAAAGGCUACUUAAGUAAUAUGGUUUUUUUCAUGGAUUUUCGAUGACUUUGUGGGAGCAGGUGUGUUUUACAGACAAAAUUGUCAGAAAUAUUAUUUCCAGUUCUCACUCGAUAGAAAGUAGUGUCCUUUCCAGAUUUGAUUUUCGAUUAAAGGGCCUAUUUAGGUUUUAAAGACUUUUGAAGUCCCCAGAUAAUUUGAAGCCCGAUCUGCCGUCGCAUUUGCAUUUAGGGUUUACAAUCCGCAAGCUGUAGAAUGUCCAUGCAAGGAAAAACACACAUUCCUUUAUGUCAAUAAGAAGAUAUCAUAUAGGGCUCGUAAGAUUUUGCAACGAAUGUGGACGACGUUGUAUACUACAUACAUGCGAACAUUUUAAACCGAAAGAUACCCUCUCCUCAUGCAUAAAAUUUGAGGGAGACGUAAUUUGCUACCGAAUGAACACAAGAAUGGAUAUUUUUCGGCAUGUUUUUGCAGAAAUUGUCCGAAUUCACAGGAGCGUGGAAGAUUGGUUGUAAAAAUUCAUACUACUUAGGUGGUCGUUUUUACCCAGGAUAGUGUUUCAGGUGGCCGAAAAGGAAUGCAUUCGAAAGCCGGCAUCUCCCUGUGACUGAAAUAUUUUGGGAUUAAGAUGCACGACAAUCAAUAUUACAACCUAAAGUAAGUAAUUCUUUUAUAGAGCCAAAAGUUUGUGGGCACUAUCUAUACAAUAUGUUUGGAUUUUUAAGGGAAUGGAAAAUCAGUGAAAAAGUCCAUACUAUACAAUAGGGCAUUUUUAACGAGUUUAUUUCUUGCAGUCGGCCGGAAAAACGUGUAUUAAAAAGCCGGCUUUCAGACAUGACUGAAAUAUACUGGGAUUAUACGGCAUGAUACUGAAUAUUAAAAACUCACUUCAGUAAUCCCUUCUAGUCGACAUCAUAUUUCAGAAUUUCCCUCAAGGUCUCGUGGGAUAUGUCACCUACUGUAAGAGUGUAACUAACCACUCAGUCAGAACCGGCACGUCCUCUAAUGACCGAUAGGAUAUUUUCACCUGUAGCGAACUGCCCUCAUUUCCCUUAACAGUGCUCAAUUCCGGUGCCAAUGAAAGUCCAGGCAUUCUUUUGAGUGGCCUUCGCCUCAAAACGGGAUUGGGUGAAAUUUAUCUAACGGGAUAAAUUGCGUGAGCUGUACGCACAGCAAAAAAAACAACUGGAAUAGACGCCAAAAAAGUAUUUCAGAGGCAGAUUUAUCAAUUAGGAAAUCCGGCUUGUUGGCGGGAAAGGAAAGAUCUGCCCUCCUGAAUACGACGUCUAGAAUAUAGCCAUUGCCGAAGGUCGCAUUUCACGGGCACUAUCUACACUUCUUAGAUUAAUGCCUUCUGGUAAAAGAACCGCAAUGCUACCGUAAAGCAUGUGACUUACAAGUCAGUAAGUGAUGUUUUCCGAAGCCCUACGAAAGCAGGUUUUUCCAUCUGAGAGCAUGCUGAGAGUGUUUCAUCCAUAUUUCCAGACCUCCGGAACCUAAUGCAUGCUACCAACACAGGACCACGCUCUCCCAAGUUGCGCCAUUAUUCUGAGGGGUCUGUAUAUGCUACUCCAUGUUAACGUUUACCAAAUGGCAAGAUCGUGCGUCUGCCUGUUAAUUGAAAAGAGUAUUCCUACGAAUAACUGCUGUAUAACUCUUAAACGAAGUUAUCAAGGACGACAGUCUGACAGCAAAAAGGUACCGACUUCUGCCGAUGAACUAGUUACAUUUUUGUGUGCACACCGCCCUCUCCGAGUCCAAAUUCAAGAAACUGGAGAAAACGAGACUCGAUGUUUUUGUUCUGUCUCCCCAAAAGUAAAUCAUUUGCUAGGAUCCAUCUCGCUGAUUAUGACGGCGACGGGUUUGCUACGGGGAAAACUAACCAAAGUUAUUUAGCGGCUUUUUGUGUUUGUAGAGGUUGGCGAGGACAUUACGCGAUACCCGGCGGACGCGGAUUCCUGGUUGGCGGCGGAGACGGCUUCUCUGCCCUACGCCCAGAUCCCCUCGACAUGGCAUACAUUCACGCCCCAGCCAACAACAACCUCCUCAGUUAGUGAGUUGACUGCAGCAGUUAUUUCCAUCUCGGAACAGACUAUUUAAUUCCAACAUUUCAGGGUCUGUCUACCAUCUCUUGCCUAAGAGGCCGGACAUCUACAGGCUUGUGUUUAAGAAGGCCGUAAUAUUUAAAGGUCAGACUAACUCACGCAUGUGCGCAUUCUGAAAGACGUCCGCACCUAGCGGAGGGGGGGGGGAACGCAAAACCAACAAGAUUCGUUUAAUCUGUUCCUGCAGUCGCGAGUCGGUUUCUUUAUCGCGAUGAUCGAAAGUUGGUGCUAGUGCGUAGAUGGAAACGACUGGGGCGUAAGUAAAAUUCUCCCUGAGUCGUACGUGCGCUAAGCAGUCACUGAGUAGCCUUCACGCAAACUAGACUCUGUAACAACGACGACUUCUGUUAUUUCCACAAAAGUACAGAGAUACCUUGUAGAAACCAUAAGCGAAAAUAUGCCUUCUUUCAGUCUUUUGAUAGAGAAUGACGUCUUCCUCAUAUUUUAUACUCAAAAAGGAGUAUAAUUGGGCCUUAAAAAGUUUUCUAACUGACGAAUAAUUUGGAGUCUGAUCAUUCAUUGCAUUAGCGCUUAGUGAUUUCAGUCUACAAGGUGCAUGCGUUCCGCAUAAAGAAAAUCACACAUUCUUCUAUGUCUUUAAAAAGAUAUCAUACAGCGUUCAUAAAAUUUCGCAAUGGAUGCAGACUAUGUUGUACAUUUCAUGAGGAGCUGCGGUAAGCGGACAGGUACGAUGCUGUGUGAAUGGACAUUGCACGGUCUUAGAAAAUCUCAUAAUUAGAAACUUUUUAAAAACCUAAUAACACGCCUUUUUCCCUUCGGGGAUUAUGCGCAAGCCCACCAUUAUUACUUGGGCUGAGCAUUCCUAUUUCCAUGUUCUAUUUAAGGGGCCAUAUAAGUCAGUUCUACCGAAAAACUUUUCAAAAAUGGAAGGAUACUCUUUCUUUAAGUGGUAAAUUUGGAGAAAACGUAGUUUGAUAACACAUGAGUGCAGCGGAGAAUAUCUUCUGUGAACGCUUUCUAUAUAAGGUAAUUUAAGUUACAAGAAUAUCAAAAAUCAACGGGAAAUCUUAUACUACUUAAAGCUGGCAUCCCGACGCGAGUGAAAUAUCUUGUGGUUAUGCUGCCCGGCAGCGAAUAUUACAGUCCCACCAAAGUAGCCCUUUCGAAUCGAAAUCAUAUUUCAGAAUUUCGGCUAACACUUCACGAGAUAGCAGAUUUACUGUACAUGUCCUCGGUAAUAGAGGCAAGAUGACAUGGUUGAACUAUCGUGACGUUGUAAUCCCAAGGUGAUAUUCAAACAAACUAGCCUCCAAGGUUGGUGUAGAUGCCCCAACUGCGACAAUUUCUGAGUGUCCAUCAUGACUACCAACAACUGACGGCCGUCUGCUUGGUGGGCCUUCUGAAACACUUAAUUUCGUCCAUCUUAAGUAACUGUCGUGAAGAUUAUGGAGCUAUGCGGUAUUCAUGAAAAAUUGUUGCUGUGAGUAAGACCUGCUCUUGCUCAACUUCUGCAUGUGUGUUGCCUGUCCGAAGAAACCCUCCCAGUCGUUCUAACGCUCCGCAAGAUUGCAUCAUGUCGCCUAUUUCCUUCUACCAUGUUAUUGGCUGGGUACACGGGGGACCUGCAUGCGGCCUGUCUCGUGUCGAGUUCGUGCCAGACAAUUGGCUGACUGACCCCCCGCUACACCGACAACAUUGCAACUUUCUUGCUGCCUUUGGGUGAAGGCGAUCGCCAAGUCAAUCGCUUUACCCAUGAAGCCUGCAGAAAUCAAAAUGUAAUCUGGUCAGAGCAAAGUACCCCCCCCUGAUUAAAUGGUUGUCAGCUCGAAGAUGUAGCUAGGUCUCAAACAUAUGAGGGCCAAAUUGCUGUCAGACAGACUAGGUGAGGACGACAUCAUCGCUCGAACAAUGCUACUGGCAGGGUUUUGCCAAUCAUAGGGGACGAACUUCCCCCCCCCCCCACCCCCCCGGUAUCGCAUGUACCGGCCGGUCCUGUACGGUUGCGUAUGCUCAACUAUGCGCGAUGGAAUAGGAGCGAUAAGCGGGGGAGUUUGAUUGCCGUUAAAUUCCUCUCCGAUGAGACAGACCAGACUCCUUACAAGAACAAGGACGACUGCGGUUGUCUGCUGCCUUCAAUCUGACGCCAGUGGCUAGCUUAAGACGGCGGAGAGGAAGUCGGUUCAAAACCUGCCUCAACACAGUCCAUUCAGACAUGGAUGUGGGCCCUAGUCGUCUGGCAUUCAGCUCUUCAGAUCCGCUGCCACAGAUAGCCACACGUGCCGAGGUACAAGCUGCGACAUCCUCUACACUAAAUAGAACAUAUUAAAAGCCGUAGGCACUUUGAUUGGAGGUUUAAGGUGGACGAAAUCUGCCGUGAUGCCUCCCCACCAGACUGCGGUGGUGCGUACAGACUGUUUCGUUCAGCACGGAAAAGGCAGCCGUGUUCUGAUACACACAAACAGGGUUUAUUAUCGGGUUGCUUAUUGUGUCCAAACUCAUCUUCAAUCGCCUAGGCCUUGCCAUGUCAACUGGAGCAUCAAUCUUUUGGCAAGAUGAAAGUGAGGCUUAUAUUACUCAAAAUGAUUCGUCAUUACCCGAUUCACCCGAAUGCCGUCACUUUUCGGCGAUCAAAGUUCUCAUUGACGGAGGAUAUACUGGGUCGUGUGUGAGGAUCGGAGUAGUGAUCGAUUUAACAGUUAGACCAACGCGAACGACGAUGUUCACCAUGUGCUUCACAGCAUGGCGAGUACAGAGACGGUGAUUUGCGCGUGAAUUAGUUUACCGGGGGUUACGGACUUGCGUAGUGUCUGCCACACUCUCUCACUCGCCUCGGUGGCAAAACCGAGUCAGGACGACCGGAGGCGGGGUUGGACGCAGCUAAACAAUCCGUCUACAAGUGUCACACACGCGCGGUCCGCACAAAAAGGAUCAAAAUUUCCCAGAAACAAAAAAGAGGCAGCUGGAAUCCCAACUGAGAGGGAGUUCCAUUGAAGCUACGUUUAAAAGUAGCCGUUGAAGCCUUACUCUCCGUCCUGAAAGUAUCGAGGUAUCCUGUCAGUUGACAGCCUUCUAAGUCAAGACUACUGGCACACAGUGAUAGUUUAAAUGUACGUUGGAUUGUUUAUGAUGGGGAAUAUGCGCUGAAUGCCGUGGGCCGAAUUCUCCUAAGCCGACCUUACCCGCCUCCCUCACAUAGGCACUAGUUCGCUGUCUGGGUCAGAUUUGGUUAUGUAGCCCCACCUGAAGUAAACAUACCCCAGCUACCUGUAAUGCGGGAUCGUUGGUAAAGGGUUUUUUUGCGCGUGGGGCCGAGGAACACACAGGCGACGAGGUCAAGCAGUUGAAUGCAAAAGAAAAGCUAUUAAGAAUGCGCGGUUGUAUUUUGAGUGGUUGAGAAUUAGUUACCCUAUCCCCACCCCCUAACCCUAACUCCAACAAUAUUGUGUCCAUCAGGUGAGGCUACAUAACCACAUCUUACCUCUGUCUGAGCUAGUCAGUCAUCUGAUGCUGAGAGUGGGUGCAACAAUCGAUCUAGAAACUGAUUGGAGAGUUUCUGAGGGCAACAAAACCUACAGCGAGGAGGCUCACGAAGUCAGUAGUAGUAGUUACUCCUGUCUUCAAAAAUCAGUUUGCCAUACACGCGCAGGGUCUGCCAUCUGAUAUGCAAUCAGAAGUUUAAACCUUGGUUUUGCCAUGCCAGUCCCUACGCAGCAGUAGUAUCGGUGCAUCGGGGAUGUGUUUAAAAAUAGUCUUCAACCGGGCACGAUGUGGGGGGUGGUAGCGCUGGAGUGGCCCUCUACUGCUUCACAUCUAAAUCGCGUCCAGCCACAUAGAGCUCUGCUAGUCAACUGUUUAGCGCAGAUAAAAGGGCACUUUCUAAGCCCCUCUUUCUAUACUGAGAUUUAAAUUUUAUUUUCCACCCUCCCUGAAGUGCUGGGCGUCUCAGGGAUCGACGGGCGUACGCCGUGUGUUCCACAAAUCCCACAGAUGCAACCGCCUGGCUCCAGGGCGGUCUCGGACCCGGAAUGAAGACCCUGGCCUCACUGAUGCGCUUGCAAGUGGCCAAGGAUAUCGAAGACGUGACAACUGGGUCGUAG